AUGUUCUUUCAAUACAACUCCCCGUCUACCAUUUCAGUUCUGCUGGCACUAUAUCGAACAACAAUGAACACCUUGUUCCCAUGGCUAUCGACAUACUUUGAGUCUCUUAUUCCAGGAUCCUUCGCCCUAGGUUUCAACGCUGGACGAGAAACAGAUGAGCAACAAUUGAGCACGGAAGCCCACCAUUGGGCGUCGGCUGGCCCAUCAGAUACCCGACGCGCUGAUGCUGAUGCAGAGUUGUCUGCAACCUGCAACAUGCGAACAGAAACGGGCCUGAUGCAGCAGAAACAAGAAGAAGAUGCAUGCCAUUCGGCCAUGGCUCCAUCGGCCACCGACGCAGCAAUGAUUGGAAUGAGCGGGUGCUUCAGCCUCCAGAACCCUUCAUUUUACCUAGCCUUAGCUUUCACGACGGCCUCCAUACCUAUCCCGACUUGUGGCCUGUCUUCGGAUUCUCAAUGGCACAGCGAGGGAACUCCGUUCAUCACCAGGCCACACGUACAUUCUCACCAUGCGCCAGCCGAUCCAAGCAACUCAAGCAACCCAAGCAUCAACGUCUCGUCAAUUUCCAAGGCGGUUUACUCCAGAGUCUAG